AUGGACUCAAGACGGCGCGUGAAAUAGAAAAUGAUCGCGGACAACUGAGAGACGGCGAGACCGAGCUGCUGUGGAGGAUCCGAGACGCCUUGAAGGACUUUUCGCUCUCUGUCGGACUACAUUGACGCGUCUCGCGGGAUGUGGGACCAGGAGGAGUUCGAGAAGCACUGGAAAAAGGAGUUUCCCGUCGGCGAGGUGCCCCUCAUGAACCUGAGCUCGGCGGAGGACAUAGAGGAAAAGCUGGAGAAAUGCAAAGCCAACGUGAAGAGGUUACAGCAGUCGCUUUCUGAGGAGAAGUUCAAGGUGAUCUACCUGCAGACCACCAUGGAGCAGAAGAAGAAAAGUUAUGACGUGAGAUGGUCCAACAGGACAGAGCUCGAGACUAACGUAGCUGCCCCGGACGUCUGUAGGGGCAGCAAGACAGGCAAGCCCAUUCUCGCUCCCCCUCCUAAAAAGCCCGAUGUCCACGAGGAUAACUCGUCGCCCCGCGCUGUCUCUCAGCUGGACGGUAACGUUAAACUCGGUGGCGAGCGACGGGAUAGCGACAGCGACCACGACUACGAAGACGAAGAGCUGAACGAGAACUUCGUGCAAAGAAACAUCGUCAAUCCCAAAAGCAACGUGCGGGAAGGUGUCCGGGGGAACCUUCUGGUCCGGUUGAGCCGAGAGCUGGACUCGGAUGACGGGAGACUGUCUCCCUCAGUGGCGCACCGCGGGUUUCACGGAUCCGGACGCAGCACACCUGACAGACGAAGCGAUGGAUACAUGAGCUCCGAACACGAGGACUCUUCAUCUGCUGACUUCAACUACAACACCGACGGUUAUGAGGGGGAGGCGGCAGAGGACCGCAAGUCACACGACGGUUCGGAGACGAUGCCCUUCAUAGACGAGUCCCCAACCAUGUCCCCUCACCUGUGCGCAAGGGGUCAGGACGGAGAAGCCGUCUCACCCACGCCACAUGAAGGACUACUGUCUGGGGGAAACAUGGAGAAAGGUCUGGAGAUGAAGAAACUGGUGCUGUCUGGUUUCCUGGCCAGUGAAGAGAUCUACAUUAACCAGCUGGAGGCUCUUCUGCUGCCCAUGAAGCCACUGAAGGCCACGGCCACCACAUCAAAGCCUGUGCUGACCGUUGAGCAGAUUGACACUAUUUUCUUUAUGAUCCAAGACAUCUUUGAGAUUCAUAAGGAGUUUUAUGACGCCAUGUCUCCCAACAUUCAGCAGUGGGAUGAGAAAGUCAUCGUAGGACACCUCUUCCAAAAACUGGCCAGUCAGCUCGGUGUGUACAAAGCCUUUGUGGACAACUACAAAUUGGCAGUGGAGACGGUGGAGAAAUGCAGUCAGGCGAACGGCCAGUUUCAGAAGAUCUCUGAGAAUCUGAAAGUUAAAGGACCUAAAGAAUCCAAGGACUGCACCACAAAUAACACCAUGGAGGCUCUCCUCUACAAGCCUAUUGAUCGUGUCACCCGAAGCACUCUGGUCCUCCAUGACUUGUUGAAACACACCCCAAAGGAUCAUCCAGACUUUCCUCUGCUGCAGGACGCUCUGAGAAUAUCCCAGAACUUUCUGUCCAACAUCAAUGAAGAGAUCGAUCCGCGCCGGACGGCUGUCACCACACCUAAAGGAGAGGUUCGGCAGCUGGUCAAGGACGGUUUCCUGGUGGAGGUGUCUGAGGGCACACGUAAACUCCGUCACGUCUUCCUCUUCACAGACCUUCUGCUCUGUGCCAAGAUGAAGAAGACCGCCGUGGGAAAACAUCAGCAGUACGAGUGUAAAUGGUACAUCCCUCUGGCUGAUCUGAGCUUCCAGACUCUGGACGACUCGGACUCUAUUCCUCACGUCCAGACGCUGCCCGAGUACGAGAUAGAAGAGAUGAAGAUCAAGAUCUCUGCCAUCAAGAGUGAUAUCCAGAAAGAGAAAAAAUCACAAAAGGGUCAGAGUCGCAACCUGGACCGCCUCAGGAAAAAGAUGAACGAGCAGGAGUCGUAUCUGCUGUUACACUCGCCCACAAUCCCGUUCCGCAUUCACAACAGACACAACAAGAGUUUCCUGUUCUUGCUGUCGUCAGAUUACGAGAGGUCAGAAUGGCGCGAGAGCAUCCAGAAACUGCAGAAGAAAGAUCUGCAGACGUGUGUGUUGAGCUCUGUUGAACUGCAGGUGUUAACCGGCUCCUGCUUCAAACUCAGAACCGUCCACAACAUCCCCGUCACCAGCAACAAAGAUGAUGAGGAAUCUCCAGGGCUGAACGGCUUCCUCCACGUCAUCGUUCACAAAGCCACGGGCUUAAAGGAAUCAGCCAGUCUUUACUGUACACUUGAGGUGGAUUCUUUUGGAUACUUUGUCAGUAAGGCCAAAACCCGUGUGUUCAGAGACACAGCAGAACCACAGUGGAAUGAGGAGUUUGAGAUAGAGCUGGAGGGUUCCCAGUGUCUGCGGAUCCUGUGUUACGAGAAGUGUUACGACAAAACCAAACUCAACAAGGACGACAACGAAAUUGUGGACAAGAUCAUGGGAAAGGGUCAAGUACAGCUGGACCCACAGACCGUUCAGUCCAAAAACUGGCACAUGGAUGUCAUAGAAAUGAACGGGAUCAAAGUCGAGUUUUCCAUGAAGUUUACAAGUCGAGACUUGAGCUUAAAACGGACGCCGUCAAAAAAACAGAGCGGCGUGUUUGGAGUCAAAAUCAGCGUUGUGACAAAGCGCGAGCGCUCCAAGGUGCCUUACAUCGUGCGUCAGUGCAUUGAGGAGGUGGAGAAGAGAGGGAUUGAUGAAGUGGGCAUUUACAGAAUCUCAGGAGUGGCCACAGACAUCCAGGCUCUCAAAGCCGCUUUUGACAUCAAUACCAAAGAUAUCCUGAUGAUGUUGAGUGAUAUGGACAUUAAUGCCAUAGCAGGGACGCUCAAGUUGUAUUUCAGGGAGCUGCCGGAACCUCUUCUCACAGAUCGGCUGUACCCGGCCUUCAUGGAGGGCAUUGCCCUGUCAGAUCCUGCAGCCAAGGAAAACUGCAUGAUGCAUCUGCUGCGCUCACUACCGGACCCAAAUCUCAUCACGUUCCUCACCCUGCUCGAACACCUGAAGAGGGUGGCAGAGAAAGAGCCGGUGAAUAAGAUGUCUUUGCAUAAUUUGGCCACGGUGUUCGGCCCCACCCUGCUGAGACCCUCAGAGUCCGAGAUCAAUAAACCUCACAUCACGCUCGCCUCCGACAUCUGGAGCCAUGACGUCAUGGCACAGGUUCAGGUAUUGCUGUACUACCUGCAGCAUCCACCCAUAUCCUUCGCUGAGCUGAAGAAGAAUACACUCUAUUUCUCAACUGACGUCUAACUCCACUGACCCCCGUCCUCCCAAACAUCGUCAGUUUUUUUUGUACAAAGUCAACGGUUCAGCAGGGAGCAGAGAAGAGACUGUGUCCAUCCCCCUGCAUUUGUCAUGUUCGGUCAAAGGUCUGCGUAAAGGGAGUCCACGCCUCCGACCCGGUGAAGAACUGAGAACGUCUCGAGGGAGACUGGGAUGCAGCAUCACCUUUUCCAAAUUUUGCACUUAUCACACUGAUGUCCUGAUACACACAAACACACAACACGGGGUUGUUGCUUCGAGAUGCAUGCUGGGAUGUCUGCGUCCGGCAUGACGGCUCCUCUAAACCUCAGUUCAGUGAUCCCGGAGCCGGAAGCAACCUGUUCUUAAACUCUUGUUUUUUAUUCCAAGAGCCAUUCCAGCAGCAUUUACAUGUUUUAUCGAUAUUAUUUGUUUGAUAGUUUUUCAUAUGCUUUUGUGCAUGUGAUGUGUGUGUGUGUGUCUGUGUACGUAAAGAGAGAGAGAAAGUGAGUGGACAUAUUUCUGCACGAAACAUUGAGAUGGCGGACCUUCCUUGUCCAAGUUAAUCCAGGUCAAAAAUUGUCCUAUUUAUUAUGAACGUGUCCUGUAAAUCGUGCCUGUACAGUUCAGUACACCUACAGCAGGUGAAAUUUCAUGGUUAUUUUAAACUUUGGACUAGAAACUCUUAACAGUUAAAGCCAGAAGUCGUGGCACAGUGUGAAAUAUAGUGAAAGACCUUGGAAAAAGGAAAACUUGAUGUUCGGCUUGUCAGAUAAACAGUGGGCAGGUGAACUGAUUUCAUCUUUAUAUUUGGAUUUUAUUUAAUUGUUUUCAUUGUUAUUUGGAUUCCACUGCUGAGAACUGCUGAUAGAAAGGAGGGAACAACAACUUUUCCGCUUUAAAGCCAGUUAACUACAUCACAAGCACUGUUACAGUAGAUCACAGACUAUUUGAUAUUUUAAUAUAAGAAGUGAAAAACUGUUGUAUUUUACUUCUGUCAGAAAGAUAUGCUGUAUUAAUAACAAGUUGAUGUGACCUUUUUUCCCCUUUUUAGUAAAAUAAAUAAAAGUGUUCCAUUAGCA